AUGAUAGGAGAAGGGAAGCCGGAAAAUCAGAACCAUGCCAUCAUUUUUACACGUGGAGAAGCAUUGCAGACAAUAGACAUGAACCAGGAUAAUUACAUGGAGGAAGCUUUCAAAAUGAGGAACUUGCUGCAAGAAUUUGUAAAAGAUCAUGGAGACGUAAAAAGUCCUGCAAUAAAUCUCAAUCCUUCCAGCAGCAGGGAUGGGACUGCUUCGAUUCCACGGAAAAAAAGCCCUACAAUACUUGGACUUAGAGAGCAUAUUUUCACUGGAAGUGUUUCAUCCCUAGCAUGGUUUAUGUCAAAUCAGGAGAAUAGCUUUGUUACUCUUGGGCAGAGGGUUUUAGCUAACCCUUUGAAGGUACGAUUUCAUUACGGCCAUCCAGAUGUUUUUGAUCGGUUGUUUCACCUUACCAGAGGGGGUGUCUCCAAAGCUUCUAAAACCAUUAAUCUCAGUUUCAAUUCUAUUCUACGUGAAGGCAGGAUUACCCAUCAUGAAUACAUCCAAGUUGGUAAAGGGAGAGAUGUGGGACUCAACCAGAUCUCAAUGUUUGAGGCAAAGAUAGCUAAUGGAAGUGGGGAGCAAACUCUAAGCCGUGACCUAUAUAGACUGGGCCACCGAUUUGAUUUCUUCCGCAUGUUGUCUUGUUAUUUCACUACGGUUGGCUUCUAUUUCUGUAGCAUGUUGACGGUGCUUACGGUUUAUGUAUUUCUUUAUGGACGACUUUAUCUCGCUCUUAGCGGGCUUGAAGAGGAAAUGUGGAACCAUCCAGCUAUUCAUGACACCGAAGCUCUUCAGGCAGCCAUUGCUUCCCAAUCAAUCGUUCAAAUGGGUUUCUUGAUGGCUAUGCCUAUGAUAAUGGUGAUUGGCCUUGAGAGGGGAUUCCAUAACGCGCUAUUCGAUUUUGUAUUGAUGCAACUACAACUUGCUCCCGUAUUUUUCACCUUUCAACUUGGGACAAAAGCACAUUAUUAUGGAAGGACAUUGAUGCAUGGAGGCGCAAAAUACAUAGCCACUGGUCGUGGCUUUGUGGUGUUUCAUGCCAAGUUUGCUGAAAACUACAGGAUGUACUCUCGAAGUCAUUUCGUGAAAGCUUUCGAGCUUGCAAUCCUUUUACUCAUGUACCACAUGUUUGGACGCGCCUAUAUGGGUGCAGUUACAUAUCUUCUUAUUACAUUUUCGAUAUGGUUCAUGGUGGGGUCAUGGCUCUUCGCUCCUUUCUUGUUCAACCCCUCUGGGUUUGAGUGGCACAAGAUUGUUGAAGACUGGGAACACUGGACCAAGUGGAUAUAUGAAUACGAUUACUUGGGAAUUGGUGCUCUCCCUGAGAAGAGUUGGGAAUCGUGGUGGGAGAAAGAACAAGAACAUCUUCAACACUCGGAUGCACUUGGUUUCAUGCUUGAGAUUGUUUUAGCUUCACGUUUCUUCAUCUUUCAGUACAUGCUCGUGUAUAAACUUACCCCUUUCGAAGACAAUCACAGCAUAUGGGUCUAUGUGGCUUCAUGGUUGGUGAUCUUGAUUAUUAUGCUCAUAGUGACGAUUUUGGGUUGGGCAAGUCGAGGCCUUGGCAAAAGCUCCCAGUUUGUUUGUAGAAUCACCAAGAUUUUUAUGUUUCUCGCAUUUUUGGCUAUUCUCAUUACUCUCAUGUGUCUUCGUCUUCUGACAUUCAAAGACAUCUUCCUAUGCAUGAUUUCAUUCAUCCUAACGGGCUGGGGAAUACUACUUAUUUCUCAAGCUUGUAAGCAGUGGAUUCAAAGACUAUGGAUCUGGUCAUCCGUGAGAACCCUGGCUUGGGGCUAUGACCUUCUGAUGGGUUUUCUCUUGUUCAUUCCGGUAGGAUUGUUGGCUUGGUUCCCGUUUGUGUCCGAGUUUCAGACCAGGAUACUUUUUAACCAAGCCUUUAGUAGAGGUCUACAAAUCUCACAUAUCAUUGGCGGUCAGAGCUCUACCUAG